AUGCAGGCCGACGAGGCGAAAGUCGGCGAGCAGGCGGUGCCGCCGCCGUCGCCGCGGGCCAACGGCUCUCUGACGCUGCACCCGAGCGGCAACGAGCUGCUCCUCUUCGGGGGCGAGCACUUUGACGGCAAGAAGAACACCUUCUACAACGAGCUCUACCGCUACUCGAUCAAGCGCAACGACUGGCGGCUCGUCACCUCCAAGCGAGCGCCGCCUCCGCGCUCGUCCCACCAGGCGCCGGAUCCCGCGCCCUCUCCGCGACCACACUCGUCACCGCGGAGGACCGGCGCCGGCAUGGCUGCGAGAAGAACAUCCCUACCUCGACACGAGUCCGCCGCUGCGGUGGCCUCGCCACUCACCGUCCCAGCCUCUCCCCGCGGCCAGGCGGCGGCCGUGCCGACGGGCGGCGGCUCGCUCUUUGUCUUUGGUGGCGAGUUCUCGAGCGCGAACCAGAGCCAGUUCUACCACUACCGCGACCUCUGGUGCCUCGACCUCGCCACCUACGUCUGGGAGCAGGUGCAGGCGAAGAACGGCCCCUCGGCCCGCUCGGGCCACCGCAUGGUCCACUGCCGCGACCGGCUGCUCGUGUUCGGAGGCCUUCCAAACCAGACGCGCUUCUUCGACAACCUUCGCGACGUCAAGUACUACAACGACGCGCACGUCUUCGACCUCUCCCUCUACCAGUGGCACAAGCUCGUCACUGCUCCGGGCGACCCCGCGGGGGCGGUCUUUCUGUACGGCGGCUACUACAAGAAGAAGGUUGCGAUGCAGCAGUUCGACUCGCACAAGGACAAGGCGGCGGUCGAGGAGCUCUCCGAGACGGGGGUCGAGUUCCGGGACACCUGGCGCCUCGACCUCUUUGGGGACUCUGCCUCCGGAGUGAGGCCCGGCAGCUGGACGCAGCAGAAAAAGUCUGGCGCGCCGCCCUCGUCGCGCUCCGGCUGCUCGAUGGUCCUGAACCGCGGCCGGCUGGUUGUGUUUGGCGGCGUGCAUGACGAGGACACUGCGGACGGCGACGGGCUCGUCUCCGAGUUCUACGCGGACGCCCACUCGUACACAAUCGAGACUGGCCGCUGGCGCGCCCUGGCAGUGGAGAGCAAGCCGGGCAAACCGGCCGCACUCGCCGCAGCCGACAGCGGCGGCGGCGAGGGCGGCGUCGCCUCGAGGGCGGCGGAGGGGGGCGAUGCGACGAGCUUGUUGGCGCUGGGCGGCGGGCGACGGCGCAACCGCAACCGCAACGAUAGCGAUGACGAGGACGUGGCGGGCGCCGCCGCGCUUGCCGCCGGGACCGCCGCCGGAGCAGCGGAGCCGCCGCUGGCCGAGAGCGAGGAGGGUGGCGCCGCCUCUGCGCCGGCGCCGUGCCCCCGGAUGAACCACAGGGUCGCGCUCAAGGGCAACACCAUGUACGUGUACGGCGGGCUGUACGAGCCCGAGGAGUCCUCCGAGAUCACGCUGAACGACAUGUGGAGCGUCGACUUGUCCAAGCUCGACGGCUGGACCUGCCUGCAUGCAGGCAACGCGCCCGAGGACGCGCUGGUGCGGGAGCUGUCGGACGACGGAUCGAGCUCCGACGACUCGAGCGAGGGGGAGGGGGAGGAGGAGGAGAGCGGCUCGAGCGAUAGCGAGGACGAGACAGCGGGCCCUCCUUCUUGA